AUUUCAGAUAAAAAAAAAUUACAAAAAUAUCGCUUCACUUCUAAAUUCUAGUUUCACUCAAAAUAAAUUAUUUUUGCAAAAUUUAAAUAAAAAAAAAAACAACAACAAACAAAAAUUUCAAAACGGAUGUUUCCAAAUUCUCAGUUUAACAAUAAAUGUCAGGCCGCGGCGAAAUUAUACAAAUUCAUAUUGGACAAGCUGGAGUGCAGAUAGCGAACGCCUGUUGGGAAUUAUAUUGUCUCGAGCAUGGAAUUAUGGCGAACGGUGCGCUGUGCCAAAUGCCGAAUGACGAUUCGUUUCUGACAUUUUUCGGCAUCUCCGGUAUGGCGCUAAAGGUGGUGCCACGCAUUGUCAUUGUCGAUACGGAGCCCACAGUUAUCGAUGAAAUACGCACAGGCGCCUAUCGUUAUCUGUUCCAUCCGGAUACGCUUAUAAGCGGCAAAGAGGAUGCCGGCAGCAAUUUCGCACGUGGCUAUAAUCUCUUGGGUCAUGACCUCAUCGAUCGCACCAUGGACGCUAUACGACGUGUGGCGGAGCAGUGUCGCAAUUUGCGUGGUUUCCUCAUAUUUCGCGCCAUUGGUGGCGGCACAGGCUCCGGCUUUGGUACACUCCUACUGGAAAAGCUCUCGGAUGCAUAUGGCAAGAAGACAACGAAAGCCGAGUUUCUGGUGUUUCCAUCACCCUCGCUCUCACCCAUUAUAGUGGAGCCUUAUAACGCUUUACUAGCCACACACUAUUCAAUGGAUUAUGUGGACGUCUCUUUUAUUGUGGAUAAUGAAGCACUGUAUGAGAUCUGCGACACAAAACUCGGCGUACCAGCGCCCACGUAUACAAAUUUAAACCGUAUUAUUGGCCAGGUUGUUUCGGCAUUCACUGCUUCGCAGCGCUUCCAGGGUACCAACAACGUCUCCUUCGAGGAGUUCCAAACGAAUCUAGUGCCAUAUCCACGCAUUCACUAUCCAUUGCUCACCUACGCGCCCCUAGUGCCGGUUAGCAAGUUCCCCUAUGUGAACAGUAAUGUUGAACAGUUGACCCAAGCAUGCUUCCAUCCUGGCAAUCAAAUGGUGCGUUGCAAUCCCACACUCGGCAAGUAUAUGGCUUGUGUGCUGCUGUAUCGUGGUGACGUUUCGCCGAACGACAUUAACUCCUCCAUCCAGCAAAUUAAAUCUUCACGUACCGCACGCUUUGUGGAUUGGACACCGACCGGUUUCAAAAUUGGCGUAAAUAAUAUGCCACCUGUAUUUGUGCCGGGCGGUGAUUUGGCGCCUACUUCUCGAGCGGUCUGCGCCAUUUCCAACAAUACGGUUAUUCGUAGUGCCUGGUGUCGGCUGGUGAGUAAGUACGACAAAUUGUACGACAGGCGCGCUUUUGUGUAUCAUUUCGUGGGCGAGGGCAUGGAGGAGGGUAGUCUGUUGGAGGCUUCACAAAACGUUUGUUCACUUGUGGCUGAUUACUAUGAAGUGGAAGCCUCGGGACGAGCUUCCGCGACCUUAUCAAACGAGAAUGAAGAAUAAAAGUUAAUUUACCAAAUUUUAAUAAAAUUUUAAAAACUUU